UCUGUCAACCGUUCUUGGCCAAUAAAGAGCGGAGCGAGGCGGACCUCAGGUGCGCGCCUCUGCGUCCCCUUGGCACAGCGCCCGGGAGAUGCUGGAGAGAGACGCUUAGCAGCCCCCUUUUUAACUCCAGCUAUCACUCUGGCUCCGAGAGUUAUGGCGACCGCAACGUCCAACCACUACAGCGUCCUCACCACCCCCAGCAGCGCGCCGCCGCCGCACUCGGAGUCCGGGAGCAUGCAGCAGGCGGCCGCGUACAGGGACGCGCAUACCCUGCUCCAGAACGACUACAGCACGUUACCGGGCGGUGGACAUCCGCUCAGCCACGCGCACCAGUGGAUAACGGCGCUCUCGCACGGUGACAGUGGGGCGCCCUGGCCAUCUAGUCCCCUCGGAGAACAGGACGUGAAGCCCGUACUGCACGACAGUGACCGAGAAGAGCUGCAGAACUCCGCCAGUCUGCAGCAGCAGCAGCAGCAACAGCGACACCCUCACCUAUCUCACCAGGCGCAUCACGACGCCAGAGCAUGGCGAACCAGCACAGCCACCACGCACAUCCCCGGUAUGGCGACAUCUGAGGGCCAGAGCCUGGUGUAUUCACAGUCCGGCUUCGGGCUGAUGCCGGGAGGAGAGCAAGGGGGGAUGCACCAUCACCCCCUGCGGGAUGAAGAGCACCACAGCCACAGCCCGCACCUCAGUGAACAUGGAGGCGGCCCCGGGGCCCACCAGCAGUCCCUCUCGCACCACCACCAACACGGGGGCCACCAGGCGGACCAGUCGGAUGAGGACACACCGACCUCCGACGACCUGGAGCAGUUUGCCAAGCAGUUCAAGCAGCGGCGCAUCAAGCUGGGCUUCACCCAGGCGGACGUGGGACUGGCUCUUGGGACACUGUAUGGAAACGUCUUUUCCCAGACCACCAUUUGCAGGUUCGAGGCGCUUCAACUCAGCUUCAAAAACAUGUGUAAACUCAAGCCCUUGUUGAACAAGUGGCUGGAGGAGGCGGACUCCACCUCGGGGAGCCCCACCAGCCUGGAUAAAAUCGCGGCACAGGGAAGGAAAAGGAAAAAGAGGACCUCCAUCGAGGUGGGCGUCAAAGGGGCUCUGGAGAGCCAUUUUCUCAAAUGUCCAAAACCAGGAGCAGCGGAGAUCAACUCUAUAGCGGACAGCCUGCAGCUGGAGAAGGAGGUGGUGAGGGUUUGGUUUUGUAACAGGCGGCAAAAGGAGAAGAGGAUGACACCCGCUGGGGGACCGGUACCAGGAGGAGGAGAGGACAUGUACGGGGACACCCCUCCUCACCACGGAGGACAGACCCCCGUACAGUGA